AUGGCAGCCACCACGGUGACUGAGUCCGGAGGCAUGAGGAUCAUCACGGAGGUCAUCCCAGCCACAGACCCCCGAGCGGCCCAGCUGGCCUCCAGCUCCACGCUGCCUGCAUCCGCCACGUUGUCAUUUCAAGUCAGAGGCUUCAGAAGGGCUCAGCCCAAGGCGCUGGGGACCAUCCACAUCUUCACUGGGAUCAUUCAUGUCUGCUUUGGGAUCAUCCUGACGGUGUCAGAGUACAGGAAACCUUCCCUCCCUGUGGCCAGCGGGGUCCUCUUCUGGCUCGGGCUCCUGGUGAAGACCUGCUGCGUUGUCAACAUGGGGGUCAUCCUGAGCACACUGGUGGCCACUCUUGUCCACACCACGGCCAUCACUCACGAUGCCCCUGGCUGCGAGACCAACAUGCCGUACCAGCUGAAAGCUGAGUGGUGCUUCAACGCUGAUAACAAGAUCCUGACCAACGGGUUGGAUUCCAUGUUCGUCAUCUUCAGCCUCCUGGAGUUCUGCGUGGCGGUGGCGGCCCUGGCCUUUGGCUACAAUGCCAUCAGGCAGCACAACUACAUGCCCAUGGCGCCGUAG